UUUUUUUUUUUUUUUUUUUUUGCAUGGCUGCCAACAGAAUCGCAAAAUAUGAUGUGCAAGGUUUGAAAUGCAUGGUCAGACAUCAGGUUAACAUGUGAUCAAAUAUUAUUUCUGCCCUGAAGUCUGCCUCCUCCAGUGGUACCUUAUGACAACUCAGAUGUUGAUGGUCAUAAAUAGUUGCUCUGUCACACAGUACAAAGCCUUUGAAUUUGAGAUAACAUAGCAAGCCUCGCUUUUAGUUGUCAUCUUCUGUGUAUGAACUCUUCAAGCCAGAUUUUCAGCCCUGGUCAAAUUCCAUUUGUUCAUUCCAGCUUGUGGAAUUAAUGGGGUGUAUUUCCUUUAUAGCACUACUGUGCCUUGCUGUAGCCUAGCAACAAGGAAUUAAAUGAUUCAAACAAAGCAAAGAUACACACAAUAAAAUAAGACCAUUUCUUCAGUUGGAGCUUGACUGUCAAUCUGCUUAUCAGAAUCAGGCAUGUUUCCUCCUAGAGGCCAAAAACAUUCAGUGUUAAUUGUGAUAUGAUAUGUACUUUAACAAUUGUCUUGUGAUGGUCUUCUUGGCAGCUCCUUGUUCAGCUAUGGCUUAUCAUCAUGACAGCAGAAGAAUAUUUGUAGGCCAGGAUAAUGGUGCCAUUAUGGAAUUCCAUAUCUCAGAAGACUUUAAUAAGAUGAACUUUGUCAAGACCUACCCAGCUCAUCAGAAUCGGGUGUCUGCUGUCAUUUUCUGCCUGGGAGUAGAGUGGGUUAUCAGUACUGGCCAUGACAAGUGUGUCAGCUGGAUGUGCACCAGGAGUGGGAAUAUGCUGGGAAGACAUUACUUCACUUCUUGGGCUUCAUGUUUACAGUAUCCAUCCAAAAUGAUCAUUACAAAAUCCACUGCAGUAUACAGUCUCCAAAGAUUACCUCAUCCAUUUAUUUUAUUUUUUUUAAAAGGAAGUGUUGCUUCCCUGUGGUGGGAUCCUGUUCAACGACUACUCUUCUCUGGAGCAUCUGAUCACAGCAUUAUUCUGUGGGAUAUUGGUGGAAGGAAAGGCCGAACACUGCUGCUUCAGGGCCAUCAUGACAAGGUGCAGGCCAUUUGUUACAUUCAGCUGACACGGCAACUGGUCUCAUGUUCAGCUGAUGGAGGAAUUGCCAUUUGGAAUAUGGAUAUCAACAGAGAAGAGGCUCCUCAGUGGUUAGAAAGUGAUUCUUGUCAGAAAUGUGAACAGCCUUUCUUCUGGAAUAUAAAGCAGAUGUGGGACACAAAGACACUAGGGUUGAGACAGCAUCACUGCAGGAAAUGUGGUCAAGCAGUGUGUGGCAAGUGCAGCACUAAGCGGUCCAGCUACCCAAUCAUGGGCUUUGAGUUCCAGGUCCGUGUCUGUGACUCUUGCUUUGAGUCAAUCAAAGAUGAAGAUCGUACUUCCCUGGCAACCUUUCAUGAAGGAAAACACAACAUUUCCCACAUGUCUAUGGACAUUUCUAGGGGACUAAUGGUGACCUGUGGAAGUGAUCGGAUUGUGAAGAUAUGGGACAUGACGCCAGUAGUUGGUUGCAGCCUUGCAACUGGCUUCUCCUCACGCUGACCUAGGACCUGACAGGUUCAUGCACCUUAUGUACAGCAACAUGCACCGAAUGAAUGAAAUUCCUCCUAAGAAUAUCGUCACAAAAGCACUGAUUGCUGGAUCCUUUUUCUCUUGCUCUUCCAUGAUGGACAGUUGCCUUUGUUGAGCAAAACUCUUCUAUAGGCUUCAAUGAGAAUCACCUUGAUGCAAAAAUGCAAUUUCCCAGCCUGUUGAUAUAACAUAAAAUGGCUUACCUGCAACAUGACACUGCGAUAAAAGGAUCUGUCAUAACUUGGUUUACAUGUAGUGUUAACAAUGUGCUUUCUCUGCUGAAAUAUCUUGUACAGUAGCUAAAGGAUUAUCAGAGCAAAAUGAGUUUAGUUUUUUCAGGUUUGUACAAAUAGUAAAUACUGUCCCUUCCAGUAAGCAGUCCCCCAUUGAACUCUUUGCCUGGGUGCAGCUGUUUAGGCUGCCUCCAAAAGGAGUAUUGGUUAUAACUUUGGACGAAGGAAAGACUUAUUUUUUUAAGCAAUGGUUGAAUAAAGGGGCAGGUGUUCCCUCUGUCUUGGGGUGGCAGUAAGAGUAAAUGCUUGACAUAAGAGGUCCUGAUCUACUGGCUUUCUUGGAGUGUCGUCUGCAAGUUCAGUUAUUGGUAAAACUACUUUAAAAUAAUCUGUUCUCUUCAAAUAGCUUCUGAAGUGUCUGUAAAUAAUCCCAGGCUUUUAGACAUGCUGAAGCUAUAUUUAUUCCCUCUUCUUGGCUAACAUAUAUAACAGUGAACUUUUGUAGCUGUUAUUUAGUAGAUAAGCUGCACAUUCUCAGUAGUGAAGGCAGCCCACAAUAUGUCACACAUAUCACAUGCUCAUACAGUAUCUUUACAGUGCUGUUAAAAUGGGGGGUAUGCAAGCCUGUUGUCUUGGCUAUAAUCACUAAAAUAAAAGCCCCUCCUACAUAACUUUAAUGAACUAAAUUUUUAUGUGGAAAAGCUUAGUUCUCCAUUUACCAUGAAGAAACUAUAUAUGGCUAUAGUAUUAGCUUAAUUACCACCUUGUCUGUCUUUUGAAGAAAAAUUAAUGUUAAACAUUUCUAAAAUUCUCUUCUGAAGCAAUAACUAUGAAGAUACAGAAUAUUUCUUGAAUAGGUUGCCUGAGUUCAGAUGAGGGCUGUUAAUCUUAAAUACUGUGUGCAGUGAUGGUCCUUGCCAUUAUAAACUGAGUGAGGAGGUCUGAUGUUUUUGUGGAUUGCACGAUUCCAACUGGCAUUUACAGUGAACUUUUAGGGAAAUAUUGCCAUGUACAUUGGUCUGUCAAGUGCAUGAAUUAUCUACGUUCCAUAAAUAUUAGGAUAUAUGUAAUGCCAUAAGGUUGUCAUACAAGAGCUUAUUAAACAGUUUUUGAAAAUGAAAUUCCUUUAACUUGAUCAUGAUGUACCGUGGAGUCGCAAAGGAGAUGGGAGUUCAUUGGAUUUUCAUAAAAACUGAUAUUAUUGUGUAUUAUGUAGUGAGGGAAGAAGUAUGUGCAGGUCAGCUCUUUUUGCCAUCAUUGGAGGUGAUACCUUCAUUCUUGCAGAAAAAUUGAUGAGAUAUUGGAAAGAACUGCCAUGAUAGCCUUACAGCAACACCCAAGUGGUGCUGUUGACACUGCUAAUUUAAAAUCAUUGUCAUAUACUUUUGAUAUGCAUUUAUAGCCUGCUCUAGCUAGUGUAUGCUAAUAUCAUGGGAUAGUAAUGUCAUGGUCUUAUUGUUUUUGAAAUGCAAACUGAGUAAGAUGGUAGAUUCCAUGCCACUAAAUACCAUCUCUGGUAUAUUCUUGAUUCACAUAUUUUGGAACUGGCUUUAUGACUAACUGCUUUCCAGAAAUAUUUUGCUAAAGGAUAUUUUUUUUAGCUUGAUACUUCCUAAUUCUUCACGCUUCUCAUAGCUUCUCUCAGAAACUGGCGUCACGCUAGUGUUUUGUUUUAUCCUCUCAAAUUUGAAAUCUGAAUGAGUAAAUGCUAAUUUAGAGCUUUUGGCAAGUCUGUAUUAGGAAAAGGAAUUCAUUGUUCAAUGAUCUGAAAUGGUAUUGAAAAGAAUAUGUUGAAUGUUUUUUACAUUUGAAGAGUUACAUUGAUUAGUUCCAUUCCUUGCUACAUGAUGGAAGGUUUUAGCGUGAAAACAGAAGUCUUUCCAAAACUAUCAUGUGAAAUAUCAUUUGUGCCAGAAAGGACCUGAAAUUAGGUAAUGAGCUAAUGUAAAUCAGGGAGGAAAUGGACAUUUAGGAGAGAGGAAUGAAAACACUGGAAAAGAAAAUGAGUUGUUUUUUUCCCCCCCACACAACUUUGUUUUUGUUUUUGUUUUUUUGUUCCAAUCACAUGGUUUAAUACUAAACAUUAGCAAUAAGAGAUCUGUGAGAACAUUCUUCUCCAUGGGUCCCUCUAAUCAAAAAAAUCAAAAUGGGUUAUAUAUUUACAAUCCUUUUAAUCAAUACCUUAUUUAGAUUACAUUGCAGCAAAAGUAAAACUUGAGGAGAUUUGGAGCCACAUUGUAAGUUAUGUGCCUCAAAGAUUUGGGGGUAGGGACGCACACCACCUAUUAACAUGAACAGGAGCUAUGCACCUGCCUUGGGAAACUAAACUAUUUAGAUUUGAUAAUGAAUUGUAUGAUUUCAUUCUGUCCCCUAUGUCAGUCUGUGCUACUGGGAUAACCUCUUUCCAGCAAAUAGAGUUAGUACCCACUAGCAUCAGCUUCUUUUGAUGUUCUCUUGCAAAACAAAUUGGCAUUUUGGCUAUCUAGCACCUCUCCCAUAUUUAGCAUUUAACUUUUCCCUUUGCUGUGAAUAAUUCGCCCAUCCAUGGCAAUCGCAUUAAGGUUUUACCACUGGAUAAUCUAUAAUCGUCUACAUAGCUUUUAAAUUUAACAAAUAUAUUUUCUAUAACAAAUAUAUGAAAUUAAUGUAGUUAUAGCAUCACUUAGAUAUAACGGUGAGUAUGGCUGGCAAAACAUCAGUUCGUCACAAAAAUAAAUCUUGAGAUUUAACAAACCA